CUGUGUAUAGUCUCGUCCAGUUCUUUAGAGCUUGGGGUCCAUGUUGAAGUCACCACGCAACAGCGCAAUGAGAAUGCACUCCCCAGUGCAAAACCUGUCAGUGCCAAAUUGAUUUAAACCGGCCAGUACUCACGCUGUUGCCGGGUUGAUGACAGGUAAGAGGACAAAAACAAAUCUGUGUUGGAGGUGUCCAAGCUGUCAGCUGCAAAACCUGAACAGGUGGCCUCUUCAAGGAUUUACGCGUCAAGGCGAAUUGACUCAACAGCUUGCCCCUCUCAAUAAUCUCCCUCUUCUGACGACAGCACUACUGACCCUGCGCUCAAAAUGUUGACUAUGACAGUUUGUGCUGCAAGGAUCCGAUCACUUGUUGAGUUGUCAGUGAGGAAGUAGCUUUUGGGUUUAACUUGAGCUACCGAAGUUUCUCGUGGUACUCGUGCGGAAGUUGAUAGACACUUAACUCAGAAGAUGUUUUCACCGCUUUGACUUGGGAUUGAUAAUAUUUUCACCUGCCGUCUACAGAACGAUUGGAAUAUAUAUUAAUAACUAUAAGGACAUUGUUCAUAUCAACAUGUUCCCAGAAAUAAACAACAAGUCUGCAAGACCAGACGCCUUUCCCCACUCUGACAGGCACCAGACAAACAGCGCUCAUCAGGCAUCCAACAGGACCUACUCCCAGAAGUUUGGUCCAGUGGCAGGCACGCUGCCUCAGCUGGACCCUCCUGUGAUCCAGGUGGUGGUCAGCACAGCCAAACUCCACCACCAGUCUGACAGCAUCCUGCCCCAUAUCAACAACAAGGGCCUCCAGAACACCUACCUGACCUGCCAGGAUGAAAGGCCAAAACCAACACAGUUCUCCACAAGGUUUGGAUCCUCGGAGGAGAUCCUCUCAGACUCCGUCAACACCAAGAGCCUCGGCAACAAGCAGGAGAAGAUGUGUGAGGGGCAGAGGCUGCCCAUGUCCCCCACAGAGGCUCUGAAGCACUUUCAGGGGCGUCUGACUGAGUUUGAGCAGGAGGAGAUCAUGGACUUCUCUGAAAUUUGGUUUCUGGGUCUGGACACCCAGAAGAUCGAAGGUUCUCAUGGAACGCCCCAGAACUCCGGUUAUGACGAUGAACACGGUAGCUACAUGAUGGUUCUGCACGACCAUAUUGGCUACCGGUUCGAGGUUCUGGAGGUGAUCGGGAAAGGUUCCUUUGGUCAGGUCCUCAAAUGUCUGGACUACAAGACUGGCGAGGUGGUCGCCAUCAAAGUCAUCCGGAACAAGAAAAGGUUUCACCAUCAGGCUCUGGUUGAACUGAAGAUCCUGGAUGCCAUCAGGAGAAAAGACAGAGACGACUGCCACAACGUCAUCCACAUGAAGGAAUACUUCUACUUCCGCAACCAUCUCUGCAUCUCCUUCGAGCUCCUGGGGGUGAACCUCUACGAGUUGAUAAAGAAGAACAACUUCCAAGGGUUUAGCCUGGCUCUCAUCAGGAGGUUCACACACUCCCUGCUAAAGUGUCUCCAGAUGCUGAACCGAGAGAAGAUCAUCCACUGCGACCUGAAGCCGGAGAACAUCUUGCUGACUCAGAAGGGACAGGGGCACAUAAAGGUGGUGGACUUUGGCUCCAGUUGUUAUGAGCAACAGAGAGUGUACACGUACAUCCAGAGCCGUUUCUACCGCUCCCCUGAGGUGAUCCUGGGCCACCCCUACAGUAUGGCCAUCGACAUGUGGAGCCUGGGCUGCGUCCUGGCCGAGCUGUACACCGGCUUCCCCCUCUUCCCCGGGGAGAGCGAGGUGGAGCAGGUCGCCUGCAUGAUGGAGGUCCUUGGAAUGCCUCCAAAUGAUUUUGUGCAAACUGCCUCGCGGAGAAGGUUGUUUUUUGACUCCAAAAGUAACCCCCGAAACAUCACGAACAGCAAAGGGAGGAAGAGGAGGCCAAACUCCAAAGAUCUAGCCAGUGUUCUUAAGACCAACGAUGCUCAGUUCCUGGACUUCCUGCAACGCUGUCUCUCGUGGGACCCGGUGAAGCGCAUGACUCCGGAUGAGGCGAUGCAGCAUGAGUGGAUCCUGGAGUCUCGUCUCAUCAAGCCCCGGCCCAGGACGCGCCCCAUGAUGAGGAGGCCCUCAGACAGCACCAGCAGCACCGAAAACAACUUUGAGCAGACAUAUCGUAAAAUAGUUGGGAACAGGACAGCAGAUAGACUCGAGUCACACGACAACAGCAACAACAAACUGAAGGCUGACGGCUCUGCAGCGCACGGCAACAUGACCUCUGCAGUGCCCGGCAACAUGACCUCUGCAGCGCACGGCAACAUGACCUCUGCAGCGCACGGCAACAUGAUCUCUGCAGCGCACGGCAACAUGACCUCUGCAGCGCACGGCAACAUGAUCUCUGCAGCGCACGGCAACAUGACCUCUGCAGCCCACGGCAACAUGACCUCUGCAGCGCACGGCAACAUGACCUCUGCAGCCCACGGCAACAUGACCUCUGCAGCGCACGGCAACAUGACCUCUGCAGCGCCCGGCAACAUGACCUCUGCAGCGCACGGCAACAUGACCUCUGCAGCGCGUCUGCGCCCCAUCGGCGCGUCGGCGGAGGAGGAGGUGUGUGAGGGCGUGGUCAGGGUCUCCAAGGACACCAAGCAGGAAACAGGCGGGGAGAGGCCCGUGCACAUCUUCAUCAAACCCCAGCAUGAAGUACUUAUCAGUGACAGAGAGAAUCGGGAAGUCUCCCAAUGUUUACCACCAAUCAUGUAGCAGCCUGACUAAGGGGGGAGGGGCCUCUCUGGCCACAGGACUGGUGUACAGGAAAGCCCCCCCUCACAACGCAAAGAUGGGUUUCUUUAACGUUCUCCUUAAAAUGUCAAAUAUUGUAUUUUAGAUCAGUCUUGUACAAUGUACAUUGUGUAUAGAUCAUACAGUCUGCUGUACCAAAGCAUUUCUGCUGCAAUAUUUUUUUAUUUCUGUCUUCCUUUCUGUCGUGACAUCCUUUAAUCCUAACCAAUAGAAGUACUAGUUUUUGAAAGGGUAAAAGGAAAGGAAGAGCCAAAGAAAGCUUUUAUUAUAACUUCUUUCAACAGUUUGGUAAAACAUUUUUAAAGCUCUGUAUAUCUUAUGUAAUUAGUUACAAUAAUAAUACAAAUGUAUGAUGGUUAAGAGAUAUGAGAUUUCCUAAUGCAUGAACGUUUGACCAAAUCAUAACCUAUAAGGUGGAUUUGUUAUAAUUUAUUUGUUUUUCUUGUACAUAUACCUGCUGUGAUCGUUUUAAUGUAAUGUAUGGUACAGAGUUUAAGAUAAUGGUUCAGGUUAUUGUAAAGUUUAGACAAGGUUUUACUUGUACAUGUGUUAUUAUUCAUGAAAGAGAGAUUUUGUAAUCUAUUGUUUAUGCGAUUAUUCUAUUUUUUACCUUUAGAUAUUGAGUGAAAAUCCUUUUGUUGAUAGUUUGUGCCUUGCAGUAUUAGAAUCCUUGCACUUUACUGAUGUACCUUUGAGUAGAGGAAGGAGUUUUGUGAACAAUACCCUGUUAACAAUACAAAACCAUGAAAACAUCCAUGUCCUCUGCCAGGAAGUGAUUAUAAUGUACAGUUACUAUAGCAUGAUGCUGUUGAUCAAAGUGAUUUAAUAUAGUCAAGAAUGUGCAGGUAUGGCUGCUUGCUUAUGCCAUGGACACUGACAAGGCCUACACUCACAUCUUUGGCACAUAUGUCAAAACUUCAACUGCAAUUUCAAAGCAACAAAUUAGCUUUCAGAUUCUAACCCACCUCCACAGUGCCCAAUAUAUCAUUGGUUUCAAUUACUAAAUGUGCUAUAAAAAAAAUUAAUUGACUUGACGGAGUAAAAACUUCUGUAUGACAGAUCCUCCUGGCUUAAUGACGUCAGGAAUCCGUGUUCUAAACACACGUCGAGAUCUGAACAAGUCUACCGUUAGACCUGCCCAUACAGAAAAGUGGAAAUGGGUUGAAUUGAUGUGUCCCAAAGAUAGUGUGGCUAUUUUUUAUGUAUUGUAUGGGCAAAUAAAAAAAUGUAUUUCAA